AUAAUGAUAAAGUAUAUUAAAAUCAGUUAAUAUUAUGCUACGAUAUGACAGAUCCCUUCUUCAUUCUCAAAAUUGUUUUUGGGCUUGUCACCGGAAGUAGAUAUAGCAGACCAAAGUUUUAAAAAUUUUAACUUUCUGCAUCAUUUUAGUGGAUAAAAUGCCACCCAAAGGGAAGGUAGCCACCAAAGGUCAAAAACAAAUUGUUGAAGAAAAUAAAGAGACGCUCAGGUUCUACAAAACUGUGAUAGCUGCAGUGAAUGUAAUUUAUCUCCUAGUCAAUUUCUUCCUGUUCUGGGACUCAUUUAGAACAUGGAAUUGGGUAAUUACUAUAUUUGUGUCACUGGUUUAUUUUGGCUCAUACUACUUUAUGGGGACGAUGGCACGAGCAACAUAUUCCCCAGAUGGCGGCACUCUCUAUGAUGGUGGAAUUGAUCUCAAUAUGGAAUCAGGAAUGGCAGAACAUGCCAAAGAUACAAUCCUACUGUGUGCCAUAGUACAAAUACUUACUAUAAUAUCCAAUUACUUCUGGCUAGGCCUACUCAUAAUCCCAGGGCGGGCGUUUUAUUUACUGUGGGUCAACAUCCUGGCACCGUGGUUCUUCGCAGAGCCACCACCCGAGAUGGAUGAUAAGAAACAGAAAAAGAUGGAGAGGAAAAUGAAAAGAAGACAAUAGAUGCUUAGGUCUAUUGACCAGAUCUACAACCAGAUUACCCAUACUUUAAAUGUCAUUCUUGACUCGCUUACAUAUGUCAUAGAUUAUCUCAUCUUAAUUGUUCCCGAUCCAUGUUCUCACUGACACAGGGAAUGUCAUUGGCAGAGACUUGAUGUGAACAUUCUAUCUUUAAAUUGAUGUUUUCCACUUGACUUUUGGUUGAUUCCUCUCGGGUAUUAAGUAAAGACUACCAUAGAAUUUUAUUUAUGGGUAUAUAUUUUAUAUUAUAUGA